UCUCUAUUUCACUCUCUAAAACACUUCUUCUACCUCUCGACAUCUCAAGAAAGAAAGGGGCAUAUUUUUACUCUUCGCCCACGGCAUCCAAACAAUAGGGCCGACCCUGAUUGAAGCAAAUGACGAUUCAUUCAGCUGUUAUUCAGAGGCUUCUAAGCACAAACGCUCAUUUAGCCCGCCGAGCGGCUGAGAACCAUUUUAAAAUCUACACUUAUGGUGCUCGAAAUGGAAUGACGAUUAUCGACUCCGAUAAAACUCUUGUUUGCCUCCGUAGCGCUUGCAAUUUCAUCGGGAAUCUUGUUCGCGAAAAUGGUCGGUUUCUGUUUGUGAAUACUAAUCCAUUACUUGAUGAGAUUAUUGAGCAGAUGAUUAAAAACACUGGCUGCCGCAAUGACAACUCUUGGCGUCUUGGAGGGUUUCUAACCAACAGUUUGAGUCCGAAAAAGUUCCGAUCUCGGAAUAAGAAGUUGAAUCUGACGUCGGUUUAUCAGCCAGAUUGUGUGGUGAUUUUUGAUACGGAGCGGAAGUCUUCUGUGAUUCUUGAAGCGUCUAGGUUACAUAUUCCAAUUGUUGGGUUGGUGGAGCCGAGUAUGCCACUGGAAACGUACAAGAAAAUCACAUACCCUGUUCCAGCAAAUGAUUCAGUGCAGUUUGUGUAUUUGUUCUGUAAUAUGAUUACAAAAACUAUACAAUACGAGCAAAAGAAGCUUGCCACAGCUAAAGGGAAGGUUUCCAAAGAAGAAGAGACAAAAACCAGAGAGGCUGCUCAACCAAUUGAAAAGAUUAAGAUCGAAUCGUGCGUCCUACCACCGUCUGCUUCUGAUGAUCCCUUGAAGAUGUAGGAGCUUCUGGACAAACUGGUGGUUAUCAAGAUCAACUGAGAAUGAAGGGACAAAGAUAUCCAUGCCCAUAAGUUGUAAUUCGAUCUAGGAAUGAGGCUAAAGCAAAGACGGAUUGAGAAAGCCUUUCUACUAGUUGUGUACCUGCGUAAUGCAUUAUUUAAAUAUUCAU